AUGGCCACUGCGGCCACAGCACCAGUCCUGCACAGACGCAGGAAACUCAUCGGUCGACGCCGACGGGUAGAGGACGAGGGAGAAGAGGAAGGACCCGAUGCUAUCGACCAGCUCGACGACGACUCACUUACGGAAGGGUCCAUAGCUAGCGACGAUCAUGACCUGGCCGAUGACAGCGACACUAGCAAUGUUGAAGAGGCGUCUCCAAAGUCGCUCCCGGCAAGAAAUACCGCCAGUCAAGAAGCUAAGAGAUCAAGGACUCGAAAGCCAAUCUGGACCCCCACAAACGAAGAUGCCUCGGGCCAGGCUACCCAGACGGCGGUGACGGAUACCGAGAUCAUGCUAAACGGGCUCUCGAUUGCGGACAAGUCCGAGUCUGUUCAAGAAAUCAACUUUGACGAUAUCGACACAGUUCCAGCGAAGCCUGCAGCACCCAUCGUCGUAAGCUCAGCUUCUGCACCGCAGCCUCCAAAGCAAGAAGCAAGAUUCGAUCGGUCGCGGCGAGAACAUGACGAGUAUCGCCGUAAGAGGGACGAGGAUCCCGCGUUCGUCCCAAACCGAGGGGCCUUCUUCAUGCAUGACCACCGAGCCCCUGGCCCCUCCGCCAAUGGCUUCCGCCCGUAUGGCAGAGGUGGCCGUGGCGGGCGAGGAGGUCGAGGAGGCAUCGGAGGCCCCUUUGCACCUUUUCACCAAUUCCAACCGCCCGCCGAUCCUACGACGAAUGCCCCCUGGGCCCACGAUAUGCACGAAGCCGUAGCUGGUCCGUACCCCAGAGGUGGUCGGCAUAUGAUGCAUGGUGAAGGGCCACCGAACGGCAACGGCAUGAUACCCACCUGCCCGUCCAACCCCACCCCGAUAAACCGGACGUUGUCGACGGAGAAGCUUCUUGGCAAUGUCCAGCUUAGGCUGUUCUUCCCGGGACUCAAGGCUCCAACCAUCAUCCCUGGCAUCCCGUGCAAGCAGUACACCAAGCUGCCCGAUCACCGGCCGCCCCUCCGUCGCGACAAACCGGUCCGGAUAUCUCUACCCCAUCAUCCUCCCCGCUAUAUCUUCCCUGCCAGUGACCGAUCCUUCAUCUUCAUCCCUCGAGCCAUGCGUCCGAAUCAACAACGUGUUCGGGGUAAGCCCAGGUCUGCCUUGGGCUCCGUGUCAGGCUUCUCUCGAAGAACAAGCAUAUACGGCGGCGCUGGAGGCAGUUUCUAUGGAGGAAGCGUCUACACUCCCAGUGUUGCCAUGUCUCGCCGCUCAUCCAUUGCGCCAGACAUGGGUCGCGACUUCCUCAUAUCACCCGCAGGCUCGGCUAUCUCGCGGCCACCCAUGCCCGUUGAUCCGUCCCGACCUGUUGUUCGCCUCCCUCCUGCUGCUCUUCCCUUGGAGCAGGGACUGGCGCAAGCUCCUUUCCCUCCUACGGAAGCUUUCAUGCCCCAGCCCGAGGGACUGAUGGGAGCGCCGGAGACGUCAAUCACCGAGCUCCCUCAACCUCAAACACAUCCUCUUCCCCAGAAGCCACUCUUCCAGGAGAAUAGGACGAUGCCCCUCGAGAUGCAUCAGCCCAAACCCCAAAAGGCACCUCUCAAGAUUGAUUCCAUCGAAUCACCAACCAUGUCGAUGAACCCAGCACCUCAAUCCUUCCAGCAGGCUUUCCAUCAGCAGGUUCCCGUGCAGGUUGCCAAUGGUUACAUGCACGAGGGCCACAGCCGGAACCCUUCGUACCCUUCCCACACGACUGGCACACCGCUAUCGCAGAUUCCCGAACGAGCCAUCCAUGCCGCACCGUUCCAGCCCAACCAGUUCACGCAGCAGAACUACUACAACCAACCUUACCAGAUGGUGCAGCAGCCGCAGCAACAGCCCGGCUUCUACUAUCCACCCUCCUACAACGCGCCGUCUGCUGCAGCUCCUGCCUUCGUGCCUGGGUCUCAGCCACAGCACCCGCCUGAGGUUGCAAACAACAACCAGGCCCAUGGCCAGCCAGGAACGGCUCAGAACCUUAUUGCCCAAGAGGCAAACGGCAUGGUCUAUUACUAUGACGCAGCUCAGAUCAACUACCCGCCUUACUCCGCACCGCAAACCUAUGGCCCCGGCGUGGUCGGCAUGGGCGGUAUGAUGACUCCCAGUCCCGAUGCGUUCUACUACCCUCAAGCUGGGCCUGGUAGUUACUACUAUCCCCAGUAG